AUGGGUAGCGGACUGUGCUCGUGCCGAGGUCGGGACAGCCAAUACAACGCUGGCUCGAUCCUCGAUCGCGUCAUCAGCCAGGCCAGCGACGAGGACCAGUGCCUCCUGUACAAGCUGGCCAACUACAAGAAGGGCGGCGAACUGAUCGAGGCCUACAACCAUGGCGGCCAGCAGGAGGUCGAGCGACUCAUGCGCGAGCAGUUCGGCGUGCUCAUGUACGCCGGCGGCAAGGGUCAGACCAUCAAUCGGUCCGAGUACCUGCGCUGGAAGUACCGGGACCAGGAGUGGGUCGUGCUGCCGAUCGAGGCCUCCCUCAGUCGCUUCGAUCCGCUGAGCCAGUGGCGCGACCACGAGGCCUGCUGGCAGAUGAAGUAUCGCGGCUCGCUGGGCGAGAGUCUGCUGCACGUGCUCAUCAUCUGCGACACUCGGGCUCACACGCGAAUCGCCCGCACCCUCCUCAAGUGCUUCCCGCGGCUGGCGAUCGACGUCGUGGAGGGCGAGGAGUACCUCGGGGCCUCGGCCCUCCAUCUGGCCAUCGCCUACGCCAACAACGAGCUCGUGCAGGACCUCGUGGACGCCGGGGCCAUCGUGUCCCAGCGGGCCAUCGGCAGCUUCUUCCUGCCGCGCGACCAGCAGCGCUCCAGACCCGCCAAGACCACCGAGUACGAGGGCCUGGCCUAUCUGGGCGAGUAUCCUCUGGCCUGGGCCGCCUGCUGCGCCAACGAGAGCGUCUACAAUCUGCUGCUGGACUCGGGCGCCCACCCCGACGAGCAGGACACCUUUGGCAACAUGAUCCUGCACAUGGUGGUCGUUUGCGACAAGCUCGACAUGUUCGGGUACGCGCUGCGCCACCCGAAGCUGCCGGCCCGCAACGGCAUCGCCAACGCGGCGGGCCUCACCCCCCUCACGCUGGCCUGCCAGCUGGGCCGCGCCGAGGUCUUCCGCGAGAUGUUGGAGCUUUCCGCGAGGGAGUUCUGGCGCUACAGCAACAUCACCUGCUCGGCCUAUCCGCUCAACGCCCUGGACACUCUGCUGCCCGACGGACGCACAAAUUGGAACUCGGCCCUCUUCAUCAUUCUCAACGGCACAAAAGAAGAACAUUUGGACAUGCUGGAUGGCGGAAUUAUACAGAGGCUACUCGAGGAAAAGUGGAAGACUUUUGCCAGACUGCAAUUUCUGAAGCGUCUGGUCAUUCUGGUGUUUCACCUGGCCUCUCUGUCCGUGGCCGUGUACUUCCGUCCGCCCGGCGAGGACGCCGAGUUGACGGCCUGGCCCGAGGAGAUCACCGAGGUGAUCCGCUGCGCGGCCGAGUGCGUCACCGUGCUCGGCGUCCUGGGUUACAUAUUCAUCCAGCUCGGCGGCGAGGUCGUCAACAUCGGAUUCUUUUCUUUCCUCAAACAGCUGACGCACGAGCCAGCCAAGUUGAUAUUUCUCAUGAGUAAUCUCUUGAUAUUGGCUUGCAUACCGUGCAGACUGUCGGGCGACCGUCACACCGAGGAUGCCAUUCUGGUGGUGGCCGUGCCAGGCUCCUGGUUUCUGCUCAUGUUUUUCGCCGGGGCAGUGAGGCUAACCGGUCCGUUCGUGACGAUGGUCUACAGCAUGAUAACGGGCGACAUGCUGACUUUCGGCAUUAUCUACGUGGUGGUGCUGCUCGGCUUCUCUCAGUCCUUUUAUUUCCUCUACAAGGGCUUCCCGGGCGUCAAGUCGACUCUCUAUCAUUCCUACCACUCGACUUGGAUGGCUCUGUUCUCCAUUACUCUCGGAGAUUACAGCUACACGGACCUGAGCAUGACGACCUAUCCGAACCUGAGCAAGACGGUGUUCGCGAUUUUCAUGGUGCUGGUGCCGAUCCUCCUGCUCAACAUGCUCAUCGCCAUGAUGGGCAACACGUACGCCCACGUGAUCGAGCAGAGCGAGAAAGAAUGGAUGAAACAGUGGGCGAAAAUCGUCGUGUCGCUGGAGCGAGCCGUCUCCCAGAAGGACGCGCACAACUACCUGCAGGAGUACAGCAUCAAGCUCGGGCCGGGCGACGACCCCAACGAUCCGGCCUCGGAGAUGCGCGGCGUCAUGGUCAUCAAGAGCAAAUCCAAGACCCGAGCGCGACAGCGCAAAGGAGCCGUCUCCAACUGGAAGAGAGUCGGCAAGGUAACGAUCUCGGAGCUGAAAAAGCGCGGCAUGACGGGCGAGGAGCUGCGCCGUAUCAUGUGGGGCCGCGCGUCCAUCUCCACCCCGGUCAGGGGCAGUCCUCUGCUGGGAUUGCAAAGCGCCGCGGCGCCGGGAGCUUUCGGCGAUGCCUUGGCCUCGGCGCUCGACACCAUCGACACGGGCCCGCCCAUAUCCGAGCCUUUGGCCGAUGGACAACACCACCCGAUCGAUCCGACGAAUACUUCCGAGACGUCUGGCAUUCAACAGCAGCAACAGCAGCAGCAGCAGCAGCAGCAGCAAGAUAAAUCAAUCGUAUCCAAAACUGCCCUCGAUCAAAAGAAAUCGACGACUUCGGCGGCGUCUGGUAAGCCAGCAGCAGCAGCCAAGGUCCAACAACCAGGAAAACUUGCCAAAGCACCCGUGGCAGCAGUGACUCUGCCCACUACCACUACCACUGCCACGACUACCACGAUAACAGUGACCAAGCCAGCUGCACCGGUGAGCCGACUCAAAUCGCCGGAAGACGAUCCUCUCUUCGAUUUGAUCCUGAUGUCGGAGCGUCGGCCAGCUCCGGGAGCGCACGCCCUGACGGAGGUGGCUCUGGCUGCUCUGGAGUACAGCGAGAGCGAAUCAGCCAAGUUGGCCAUGGAGGCGGGCCUGAGCUCGUUCUCCCUCGGAGGAGGCCUCGGUGGAGGUGGAGGAGGAAAAGCCGCAGCUGCGGCUAAGACCAAAGCCAAGAAAAAACCUUUCAAAAUAAAGACCUUCCUGGACGAGAAGGACUAUUCGUUCUGUUCAGGUGAUGGAGAACUGGGCGCGGUGUUCCGCAUACGUCGCAUGAGGGCCGCCUGCAAACGUCUCUUGGACGCGGGGCAUCGUCGACGCCGGCGGAAGCUACAGCAGCAGCAGCAGCAGCGUCGACGCAGCGGAAUCACUGACGGCUACGUCAGCUCGGCCAGCAGCUACAGCCACCGGACCAGCGCGAGUUACUCGUCUUGCGACGACGUCACGCCGCUUCCCACCAACCGCCCGCCGGAUACGUCCGUUUCUUCUUCAAAAGCUCCGGCGGUGAAAGAGGAUCCUGGAGCUAGCUCUAGGCAGCAGCAGCCCCGAGCGGAAAGCGAGCCGAAAGCCCUACAAAUGGAUAAGGGAAAGGACAAGGGUGGUGACGGCAGCAGCAAAAAAAGACCGAGGACGGGCAAGAAUCGUGUAUCGCCCGCUGCCGAGCCUCCAGUCGCUAAGACGAUGAUGCCACCAUCGGUUGAGGCUGGCUCAUCAAAGGACACCAGCGCGGAAUCAAGGCCAGUAGGCGAAUCGAUAUCGUCAUCACAGUCAGCGGAUCAACAGCAACAACAACAACAACAAGAAGCAGCAUCGGCAGACAGUGUGGAUCCCCUCGAACCCUGGAGUACGCGCGACAUCAAAGAUAUGAAUUCGAUAUUGUCCGCGAGCGGCCACGAGAGCCCUUGA